GCCUCCCUCCUGCGCUGCAACGACGCCGGCCCGGCCGGGAGAGCAGAGCAGCUCCUCGCAGCUUCUCUCUCGGGUCACUGGUGUUCGCCAGCCCGCCCUGCCUCUUGCCCCUGCUCGAUGGUGACACCAGGCCGGUGACAUGAAGCUGGCCUGUGCUCUGCUGCCCCUGCUGCUGCAGGCCUGCUGGGCCACCGCGCAGGACGACCUGAUAGACACAAGGGCCGUCGCGUUCCAAGACUGCCCCGUGGACCUGUUCUUCGUGCUGGACACCUCGGAAAGUGUGGCGCUGAGGCUGAAGCCCUACGGGGCCCUGGUGGACAAGGUCAAGUCCUUCACCAAGCGCUUCAUCGACAACCUGAAGGACAGGUACUACCGCUGCGACCGCAACCUGGUGUGGAACGCGGGCGCGCUGCACUACAGCGACGAGGUGGAGAUCAUCCGCGGGCUCACGCGCAUGCCCGGCGGCCGCGACGCGCUCAAGGACAGCGUGGACGCGGUCAAGUACUUCGGCAAAGGCACCUACACGGACUGUGCCAUCAAGAAGGGGCUGGAGGAGCUGCUCGUGGGGGGCUCCCACCUGAAGGAGAACAAGUACCUCAUCGUGGUGACGGACGGGCACCCCCUCGAGGGCUACAAGGAGCCCUGCGGGGGCCUGGAGGACGCCGUGAACGAGGCCAAGCACCUGGGCAUCAAAGUCUUCUCUGUGGCCAUCACGCCCGACCACCUGGAGCCACGUCUGAGCAUCAUCGCCACCGACCACACGUACCGGCGCAACUUCACGGCGGCCGACUGGGGUCAGAGCCGCGACGCGGAGGAGGUCAUCAGCCAGACCAUCGACACCAUCACCGACAUGAUAAAAAAUAACGUGGAGCAAGUGUGCUGCUCCUUCGAGUGCCAGCCCGCCCGGGGACCUCCAGGGCUGCGGGGUGACCCUGGGUACGAGGGAGAACGAGGGAAGCCAGGGCUUCCCGGGGAGAAAGGAGAAGCCGGAGACCCCGGGAGGCCCGGAGACCUUGGACCCGUCGGCUACCAGGGCAUGAAGGGAGAAAAAGGGAGCCGAGGGGAGAAGGGUUCCAGGGGACCCAAGGGCUACAAGGGCGAGAAGGGGAAACGUGGCAUUGACGGCGUGGAUGGCAUGAAGGGGGAGACGGGGUACCCCGGCCUGCCAGGCUGCAAGGGCUCGCCCGGAUUCGACGGUGUCCAAGGACCCCCAGGGCCCAAGGGUGAUGCGGGCGCCUUCGGACUGAAAGGCGAGAAGGGGGAGCCUGGAGCAGAUGGGGAGCCUGGGCGGCCAGGGAACACAGGUCCCCCUGGAGACGAGGGCGAGCCUGGAGAGCCCGGUCCCCCCGGAGAGAAGGGAGAAGCCGGCGACGAGGGGAACCCAGGACCAGACGGCGCCCCGGGAGAGAGGGGCGGCCCCGGGGAAAGAGGACCGCGGGGGACCCCAGGCGUUCGGGGCCCAAGAGGAGACCCGGGUGAAGCCGGACCCCAAGGUGACCAGGGACGAGAAGGCCCCGUCGGUGUCCCCGGAGACCCGGGUGAGGCUGGGCCCGUUGGACCGAAAGGGUACCGCGGAGACGAGGGGCCCCCAGGGCCUGAGGGUCCCAAGGGAGCCCCAGGGCCGGCAGGACCCCCCGGAGACCCCGGGCUGAUGGGGGAAAGGGGUGAAGACGGUCCCCCCGGAAACGGCACCGAGGGCUUCCCCGGCUUCCCCGGCUAUCCGGGCAGCAGGGGACCUCCCGGGAUAAACGGCACUAAAGGCUACCCCGGCCUCAAGGGGGACGAAGGAGAAGCCGGGGACCCCGGAGAGGACAACAACGACGUCGCUCCCCGAGGCGCCAAAGGAGCGAAGGGGUACCGAGGCCCUGAAGGCCCCCAGGGACCCCCAGGACAUGUGGGACCACCGGGGCCAGAUGAAUGCGAGAUUUUGGACAUCGUCAUGAAGAUGUGCUCCUGCUGUGAGUGCACGUGCGGCCCCAUCGACAUCCUCUUCGUGCUGGACAGCUCCGAGAGCAUCGGCCUGCAGAACUUCGAGAUCGCCAAGGACUUCAUCGUCAAGGUCAUCGACCGGCUGAGCAGGGACGAGCUGGUCAAGUUUGAGCCUGGGCAGUCCCAUGCGGGCGUGGUCCAGUACAGUCACAACCAGAUGCAGGAGCACGUGGACCUGAGGGACCCCAACAUCAGGAACGCCCAGGACCUCAAGGAAGCCAUCAAGAAGCUGCAGUGGAUGGGCGGAGGCACGUUCACGGGCGAGGCCCUGCAGUACACCCGGAGCCAGCUGCUGCCCCCCACUCAGAACAACCGGAUCGCCCUGGUCAUCACGGACGGCCGCUCAGACACCCAGAGGGACACCACCCCGCUGAGCGUGCUCUGCGGCCCCGACAUCCAGGUGGUCUCCGUGGGCAUCAAGGAUGUGUUCGGCUUAGCCGCGAGCUCCGACCAACUCAACGUCAUUUCCUGCCAAGGCCUGGUGACCCCGGGGCGGCCGGGCAUCUCGCUGGUCAAGGAGAACUACGCGGAGCUGCUGGACGACGCCUUCCUGAAAAACAUCACCACCCAGAUCUGCAUAGACAAGAAGUGUCCGGAUUACACCUGCCCGAUCACCUUCUCCUCCCCGGCCGACAUCACCAUCCUGCUGGACGGCUCGGCCAGCGUGGGCAGCCACAACUUCGACACCACCAAGCGCUUUGCCAAGCGGCUGGCCGAGCGCUUUCUGACGGCGGGCCGCACGGACCCGGCCCACGACGUGCGCGUGGCGGUGCUGCAGUACAGCGGCACCGGCCAGCAGCAGCCCGAGCGCGCGGCGCUGCAGUUCCUGCAGAACUACACCGUGCUGGCCAGCACCGUGGACGCCAUGGGCUUCUUCAACGACGCCACCGACGUCACCGACGCCCUUGGCUACGUGACCCGCUUCUACCGCGAGGCCUCGUCCGGCGCCGCCAAGAAGAAACUGCUGCUCUUCUCCGACGGCAACUCGCAGGGCACCACGGCGGCCGCCAUCGAGAAGGCGGUGCAGGAGGCCCAGCGGGCGGGCCUCGAGGUCUUCGUGGUGGUGGUGGGCCGCCAGGUGAACGAGCCCCACAUCCGCGUCCUGGUCACCGGCAAGACGGCCGAGUACGACGUGGCCUUCGGCGAGCGCCACCUCUUCCGCGUGCCCAGCUACCAGGCCCUGCUCCGGGGCGUCUUCUACCAGACUGUGUCCAGGAAGGUGGCCCUGGACUAGCGGCCCAGCCUCAGCCCUGAACGUGAGAACUGGACCCCAAUCUCCUGACCCACCCGAUCAGCUAGGAGAAGCUUGAAAAGCCGCCCCGUGCCUGGCCCACCCCCACCCCCGCACAGUCCGCCCCCAGUGCCCCCCAGCCCUGGGUUCUGCAGGCGCCCCUCCUGCCACCUGCGCUGCAUCCCCCUCCCCGCUGCCUGUCAGCCGCCCCCGAUCCCGAGUCAGAGCCCCGAAGCCUGGCUUCUCCUUCCGUCUGGGGUCAGCGAUGACCGCCUCCCCGCUGCCACGCCCCCCCCCCCCGAGUUUGACUUCCUCGCAGCUCCUGCAGCAUCCUUCUCAGCACAGCCCCAGGCGCCGGGUCACGAGCACGGCCCCCGCUGGCCGCCUGCUUCCAGCCGCCUCAGGCCAAGGGCUCGGGAGGCUCAGGACAUGGCCUGACACUGACCAACAGAACCCGGGCCUCCCGGCCCCGGGGCCCCCAACCCCAGAGCAAAGGUGCUAUCUCUUUCCCAUCCCCACGCGGCCCCGGCCCCGCCACCGGCGGCAAAGUGAGAACAAGACCAAGUCUUUUCCUCGGGGGGUGCCUGGUCUACACUUUACGGGGGCCCCUGGUCCUGCGUCAGCUCGGCUUUUGCUCCUUCCUGGGUUUUCCUCAACCGCGUCCGACGUUUCUGAAUAAAGGUUUUCACUCCCCUCC